CCCAGCCUAUGGCUGGCUACCUGGACGUGUCUGUGGUCCCCAGCCUAGGGGGGCCGGGAGAACCCCGACACGAGACCCUUUUACCCGUGGACAGUUACCCCCAGCCGUGGGCUUUGACCAGCGGUUGGAACAGCCAGAUGUGUUGCCCCAAAGAUCAAAGCCAGGUCGAGCACUUCUGGAAAUCGGCCUUUGCAGAUGUGGCCCAGCACCCGCCGGACUCGUGCGCCUUCCGCCGGGGACGCAAGAAAAGGAUUCCCUACAGCAAGGGCCAGCUGAAGGAGCUGGAAAAGGAAUACGCCAGCAGCCAAUUCAUCACCAAGGACAAGCGGAGGAAACUGGCCGCCGCCACCAGCCUCACGGAGCGACAGAUCACCAUCUGGUUUCAGAACCGGCGGGUGAAAGAGAAGAAAGUGGUCGCCAAACUCAAAACCGGCAGCAGCCCGUGAGGCAGCAAUGACCCAGCUACAAGGGCUGCCGCCGCCCCUGCUCCCCUUGUUGGAUCUGUGGGGGCCUGGCACCUAAAAGGGGGGGAGAAGGGAAUGAGGGCGAAGAAAAAAGUUCCGCUGGAAAUGGGACUGAACUGCGCACCCAAAUUCGUGGCCCUACCCUGUCCAGCUCCUUGUCAGGCGCAAUACGCGCGUCUCGGGGCUGCCUCCGUGGCCUUGCUGCUGUUUCCUUUACCCGACUAUAAAUGCAGCUGGUUUGGGAAGAUGCGGCACGAUUUGGGCUGUCAAAGGAACGCGCGCGGUUUGCGCGUUUACCUUCGGGUGCGGCGUUUGCCCGCAGCUCUUCUCUUCCCUCGCUGUGCGCGCCGGCCCGGGCGCGCUUCAGAAAACUGUCGAAACGAACCGAAUAAAAAAAUAAUCACAAA